GAAGGUGCGGGGAGUAGUGCGCAGGCGUGUGGGCCCGCGGGCGGAGGUCGGGCCAGCCGACCAGUUGCGGAGCCGUGCGCGCGGGGCCGCUUACGUUGAGCAUGAGUCUUGUUAUGAUCAGUGAGAAUGUAAAGCUGGCUCGUGAAUAUGCCUUACUAGGGAGCUAUGAUACUGCAAUGGUCUACUACCAGGGAGUUCUUGACCAAAUGAACAAGUACCUCUACUCUGUCCGAGAUACAUGUCUUCAGCAGAAAUGGCAACAGGUUUGGCAGGAGAUAAGUGUGGAAGCUAAGCAUGUGAAGGAUAUCAUGAAAACAUUAGAGAGUUUUAAACUAGACAGUACUCCCUUGAAAGCUUCACAACAAGAAUUACCAGCUCACGAUGCAGAAGUCUGGUCCUUGCCAGUACCUGCUGAACGUAGACCUUCACCAGGACCAAGAAAACGUCAGUCCGCUCCAUGCAAUGAUUGCAGAGGUCACAAUAACCGUGCAAGUGCAGCAGUGAGGGGCCCUCACCGUCCUUCUCGAAAUCCUAAUGAUAAAGGGAAAGCAGUCCGGGGCCGAGAAAAGAAGGAUCAACAAAUCAGAGGAAAAGAGGAAAAGAACAAAUCCUCUUCUGAUAUUUCAGAAUCUGAGCCAAAGAGAUUUGAUGGUACAGGAUAUGAUAAAGAUUUAGUAGAGGCUCUGGAAAGAGAUAUAAUUUCUCAAAAUCCCAAUGUGCGAUGGGAUGAUAUAGCUGACUUGGUAGAGGCCAAAAAAUUGCUCAAGGAAGCUGUUGUCUUGCCAAUGUGGAUGCCAGAAUUCUUUAAAGGCAUUAGAAGACCAUGGAAGGGUGUACUGAUGGUUGGUCCACCCGGUACUGGAAAGACCCUCCUUGCAAAAGCUGUAGCUACUGAAUGCAAGACAACAUUUUUCAAUGUCUCUUCAUCAACACUAACUUCAAAAUACAGAGGAGAAUCUGAGAAACUUGUUCGCCUGCUGUUUGAAAUGGCUCGGUUUUAUGCACCAACAACUAUAUUUAUUGACGAAAUAGACUCUAUCUGUAGUCGCAGAGGAACCUCAGAAGAGCAUGAAGCCAGCCGUCGGGUGAAGGCGGAAUUGCUGGUUCAAAUGGAUGGUGUUGGAGGGGCAUCUGAAAAUGAUGAUCCUUCCAAGAUGGUUAUGGUACUAGCUGCUACUAAUUUUCCUUGGGAUAUUGAUGAAGCCCUAAGACGAAGACUAGAAAAGAGAAUUUACAUUCCUUUACCAUCAGCAAAAGGCAGAGAGGAACUUUUACGAAUAAACCUGCGAGAGCUUGAAUUGGCUGAUGAUGUUGACCUUGAAAAUAUUGCUGAGAAAAUGGAAGGUUAUUCUGGCGCAGAUAUCACCAAUGUAUGCAGAGAUGCAUCAUUGAUGGCUAUGAGAAGGCGUAUUGAAGGCUUGACACCAGAAGAAAUCAGAAAUCUUUCCAGAGAUGAAAUGCACAUGCCUACAACUAUGGAGGAUUUUGAAAUGGCUUUGAAAAAGGUUUCUAAGUCGGUAUCUGCUGCAGACAUUGAGAAAUAUGAAAAAUGGAUAGUUGAAUUUGGAUCAUGCUAAGACCUCUUUAACCAAACUUACUUUGAGAAACCUGCCUUAAGUCUUAAAAUAGCUUCAGAAGUGAUGAAAAGUAGUUCCAAUGCACUGAGUGCUAUUUUUUAAUUUUUGUAAUUAUUAAGAGUAACAUGAUUCUAAAUAAAAUAAUUUUUUAAACUGCA